GGAUUCACUCCUGCGGAUUCGCCUUAGAAGAACGUCAACAAGGGAGCAGGAAUGUCAUUCACAUCUCGUAAUUUGACGGAAACAACGUCGAAUCUUCUGUAAUAUAUGUAUAUAACGACGUCAUCAUGGCUUCAAUUUUACCAGAAAAGAGGAGGAUGUUGAUGAAGAUGGUAAGCAAGGAGCCGUUGGCAACAAGUGAUGUUGUGGAGUUGAUGGCAUCACACGACACACUUGUCAAGAAAAUUACUUGCUACCAUGUUGCAGAUCAGUGUUCGAAAAAUGCUGAUUUAGCACUGUUGACUGCAAACCUGCUCCUUAAGGAUACAUCCGAUGCCAACCCAACUGUACGUAGUGCCAGCAUAUCUGCCUUGGCAGCACUGCCUGGCAUUGAAGAGAGCUCUGUCAGGGCUAUUACAACUGCCUUGUCAGACCAAGCAGCUAUGGUACGCAGAGCAGGAGCUGUAGCAUGUAUGAGACUUCAUAGCCAUGCCCCUCAGGUUGUGCUGGAGUGUGGCUUAGUUAAUGCCUUGUAUGAAGGGAUAAGAGAUUCAGACCCAAUAGUCAUAACCAACUGCAUACUUGCCUUAGACAGCAUUCUCAACAGUGAGGGAGGUAUAGUUGUAAACAAAAAUAUUGCGCACUACCUUCUCGGGAGAGUGAUGCAGUUCUCCGACUGCAAUGCUGUUUAUGUAUUGACCUUGUUGCUGAGGUACACACCAAAAAGUGAAGAGGAGAUUUUUGCCAUGCUUAAUACCUUAGAUGAGCUACUAACCUCCAAAACCCCAGCUGUACUUAUAGCUUCUGUGAAGCUCUUCCUUCAUCUAACUAAAGAUCAUCAGCAUCUGAAGAAGGAUAUGCUUGAGCUGAUACAUGCCCCUAUUUGCAAGAUCCUCAGCAGAAACAUUCCUGAGACAUCCUUCUUAAUGGUAGAGUUCUUGCAGACACUAGGAGACAUCAGGGAAGUUUUUGGGCCACAUUAUAAGUAUUUCUUGGUCAGAUCUAAAGAUCCAGGUUACCUUAAAACACAGAAGCUCAAAGUACUACCUCUAGUUAGCACAGAUUCCAAUGUGUGCCAACUCAUAGAGGAAGUGAAACCAUUCUGCAGUGAUUACCAGAGUUUUAGGGAAGCAGUCAGUUGCUUAGGAAAUCUGGCUUUGAUGAACAGCGCUGCUUACAAGAUGUGUCUUUGUACACUUGAAUCCCUUCUUGAUGUACCUACAGAGAGGGUAGUGGUUGCUGCCUUGGAGUGCCUUUUGACCAUCAUUUCUCCAGAUUUAGUGAUGAACAAUGUGACCCAAGCAAUGGAGAGCAAAGUGGAGGUCCUUGAGGGUGCAGUUGCAAAGAGUGAGCCCCAGGGAGAAGACAUUCACCAGCUUACAGACAAAUCGAAGCAAAAACCCAAAGUUGGACCCUUGAGGGAACUGCCAGACCUACCAAAAGAACUCAUAGCAGCAGUAACUCGGGCAAUAUCUAGGAAUACAGUCCAAGAAGCUGCCCUUACUCUAGUCCUGCAUGCACUAGGAACAUUGGCUGCUUAUAUAGACACAUCUCAUGAUAUUGUGGAAAGUAUAUCUCCCCUUUCAUUAGCAGCUGCAUCGACUCAUGCUGAUUUAGUCACCUGUGCAGCACGUGUCUUUCUUGCUCGACCAGCACAGAUGCAGCUUAUUCUGUCAGCAAUUCUCACAAGAGCUCUUAAGACCCCAGGGCCACCAGCCUCUCGUGCAGCCUUAGUGUAUGGGGCUCUUAUGGAAGGCCCUGAAAAUGCAGCUUAUCUCCUCAGGGCUUUUACCAAAUGCAGCUGCCCAACCUCAGAGGAACAGGCUGUGUAAAAUGCAAAUAUUUAUAUAUUUGGUCUCUCAACAUCCAAAAUGUCUAAUGUUAUCAAGUGUUUUGUUCUCUAAGAGUUACCUCCAUUUAUUGAUAAUAUUAAGGAAAUAUAGAAAAUGUUCCUAUUUCAUGGUGUUAAAAAACAAAAAAUUAACCCAUUUUGCAUUAAAUAAUUCUCACAGAAAAACAAAAGAACAAUGCACAAAUAUAUUUAUUGUAUCAGUUAUGAUUGGAGACUUGAUGAAGAAUAAAAACAUUCAAGUUGAAGUUGACAAGUUCAUCCCUGAAUAUAAAAAAAAAUCUUCAUAUGGUAAAAUCACAUUUGUCUCACUAGGAAAAGUACAAUUGUAGAAUGAUAGAACAUUGUGUCAAGCUCUGCAUUUCAGCUCCAUUUCAAAGGCACUAUAACAUGCAAAGGUGUCAGGUGCUUCAUGUUGCAAGAAUUAUUGUGUUAUCUCUGAAAUUGCUGUAUGCUGUAAUCCUUCUUAUUGUUGCUGUUCUAGUCAAAUGACUAUUUAUUACUGUUAUUGUAAAAGCAUUUUAUUUAUAUAAAUUGAUUUUAUACACUGUAACAACUGCUCCUUCAUAUCUUAUUCCAGUAUUUUUUUCUUGGGUAAAUAAUAAUGAUUCAGAUCAGAACUUAAUUUAAUAUAAUUUGAAAAGAUCAAAUUUUGUAAUAAAUAGCCACAGUUUUAGUCACUAGAGAUCAGAGUAGUGAAGUACUGAAUGUAGAGUCAUUGAAGCAGUAGUCAUUACACACUGCAAAAAAUCCAAAUUUAAAGUUCAAGGGUAAAAAUCCAAUUUACAGUUCUCCACUGAAAGCUGCCUUGCAUAUUACAAAUGAAUACAUUAGUUUUCUUUUGUGAUUUUAGUUUACUUGCUACAGAUUUCAUUAGAACACUGCCUGUAUGUUGUUUUCAUAUUUCCUUUGUGGAGAUUACAAUUUUUUAAUGUGAAGAUUUAUUUAGAUGUUUUAUUUCGUUAAUUUUCCUUUUGUUACUAAUUCUUCAUCUUCUGGCAGAAGGCAUCAUAAGAGUGGUUCUUUUCAUAACUGUUAAAUAAAGAAAUACCUUGUAAAUACCUUGUACAUGUAUUGCAUCAUUUGUUUAAGUUUUGAAUUUAUAAAAGUAUUUAUGUGAAUGGAA